UGCGACCAUACAACCCUGCUUUACGACUCUGCUUUACGGCCCUUCACACAGUUCCUCCUAGUCGCCUAGCAUCAAGAUGGCCUCGUCGUUCUGGAAAGGUGUUGUCGGCGUCGGACUUUUUGCCUUAGCUCAUGCGGCUUUCUCAGCGGCACAGCAUCGAUCAUACAUGCGACUCACAGAGAAGGAACAUGAGACUCUACCAAUUGAUAUUGUAUUGCAGACCUUGUUGUCGUUCGUGAUGACCUGUUAUGGUAUUGUCCACAUUGCUGGAGAAUUCAAAGACAUGGAUGCUUCCUCGGAGCUGAAAAACAAAACUUUUGAUACACUGAGGAACCACCCAUCCUUUUACCUUUUCAACCACCGGGGUCGAGUGCUAUUCCGCUCUCCAGAGGAGGAGCCCUCCUCUGCACGCAACCAGCAAGCUCUUCCCAACCCCAUACGGUUACGCAAGCUGGAGCAUUUGCACUGAGACUGGCCUUUCCUGCCUGAAACGUAGUCAUCGUCAGAUAAGAUUGGUUUCCGUUAGAGAGAAGGGGGGGGAACGAGAAUUCCUCUGAUUUAAUUUUUAUUUGUAAAUAACCUAAAACUGUCCAAAUCAUGCAUCUCUGUCCAUACAGUGGUUACCACCAUAUUCAACACUGACUGUGCCAACCCUUCAGUUUUCAAGCAGAUUUGUUUGUAUAUACAGUGUGUAAUUGCUUUGGAGUCUUAAGAUACUGGGUCAUCUGCCCCCUUCCAUCCCCUCUGAACUCAACUUGGAUGUCGCUGUCCUUUUCUAAAUCGUUUUGAACGAGGGGCAGCACAGAGCCUGUUACUGUUUUAUUGCAACCACACAUCAGUCUUCACCAGGUGUUGGGAGGGAAAAAAAUUGUGUUGACUGAAAAGAGAUAUAUGGUAUGAACAGAGGACUCUUAUUUCCUUGAUGAUUUCCUGGAACCCUAAAGGCUUUGUACAUCCUGUAUGCGAGAGAGAACAUUUGGUUUUUGUGCCGCAGGAAAUCAGCUCAAGGUGAGAGCAGGAAACAUUAGACAGCCAUUCUAAUGAUACUGUGAACACUAACGUGAAGUAGAAAGUAAUGGUACAUUCAUUUGGGUGUUUAUUUUUCCUUUACGUUUUGUUAAGAUUCAACAGAUUGUUUUUAAUUUAAUAAAAGGCAUACUGAUUUUA